GAGGAGAAGGGGGCAUUCAGAGAGGUGGGAUGAAUAGUGUGUUCAAUGAAGAGAUACUUGCAGACAAGCUCUCAAAGCUUAUAAACACGCAUCAGUUUAUUGAAACUUUGUCGCAAUGGUGCAUUUUUCACCGUAGUAAAGCAAAGCAAGUUGUUGCGACGUGGGACAAACAAUUCCAUAGUUCAGAGAUGGUGAAGAAGGUGCAUCUUCUGUACCUUGCGCAUGAUAUCCUGAAGAACAGUAUGGAGAACGGAAAUGAAUUUGUCUCCAAAUUUUGGAAUGUUCUUCCUUCGGCACUCAAGGAUGUUGUGAAGCAUGGGGAUGAUCGUGGAAAGAAGGCUGUCUCAAGAUUGGUCAAUAGAUGGGAAGAAAGGAAAAUUUUUGGAUCCUAUGCUGAGAGCCUAAAAGAUGCAAUGCUUGGAGAAGAAUUGCCUUCAUCGUUGGAUUUUGGGAAGAAACGUUCUCGUUCUAUCAUAAUAGAGGGUGACUCAAGAUCAAUCAAAACGAAAUUGACCAUUGGCAGCACAGAAGAAAAAAUUGUGUCAGCUUUUAACUCGGUGGUCAGCGAACAUCCCAUUGAAAAUGAAGAGAUCAAUAAGUGCAAGUCCGCCGUCCAACGUGUGAGUAAGAUAGGAGAAGAUGUCAAAGUCUCCUUAACAAAAGCCAAGGAUUCAACGCGGAAGACCAUAGUCAAAGAACUAGAGAAGGAAGAACUUGUUUUGAUUCAGUGCAUUGAGAAACUUAAAGUUGUCGAAGCUAGUAGAGUUAUCCUUAUAUCACAGUUACAAGAUGCACUUUACGAACAGAAAUCUGAGCUGGAGAAUGUUCGUAUGCAAAUGCAGGUAGCACAAGUACAGGCAGAAGAAGCUGCAAAUAUGCUGAAGCGUCUGAAUGAAGACCAUAUUACAGACUCAAAAGCAUCAAUGGCAUCGGCAGACACCAAUACAAAUCCAGCCCAGAAAACAGAAAAAGCUACUGCAGCAAAGCUUGCAGAUAAGCUAGCUGCUUCGAGCUCGUCCCAGUAUAUUUUGACCUCUGUCCUUUCUGCGUUUGCAGGUGAAGAGGCAAAAAAUGCUGGGCUUGUGAAGUCUUCAUCACCUUCAACUCCUUUCUCAUCGGUCUUCAACACUCCAAUGGCUGCGAAUAUGCGGAAGCAUCUGAAUGAAGACCAUAUUACAGACUCAAAAGAAUUUAUAGCAUCAGCAGAUACCAAUACAAAACCAGCACAAAGAACGGAAAAAGCUGCCGCUGUUGUUGCGGCUGAGCUUACGGAUAAGCUGGCCACUUCGAGGUUGUCCCAGUAUAUUUUCACCUCUAUCCUUUCAGAAUAUGCAGCUGAAGAAGCAAAAAAUGCUGGUCUUGUGAAGUCUUCAUCACCCUUGACUUCUUUCUCAUCUGUUUCCAAUACUCCAAUGUUGAAACCCGUUUCUGAUCAGAAUGUUUCAAUGCCGGCACAACAACCUAAUCCUCCUCAAAACAACCCAUUUCAAUCCCAUAUGGUGCCCCGGCCAUCAAUCAAAGGUCAAAUUUCCUACUCUCCAUAUUUGUGCCAAUCACUUCCAAAGCCACCGUCUCAGCGGUAUCUGCAGCCACCGGGUGGUAUUGUGGCCUCGUAUGACUAUGGUAAUUUUCUACAGCUGCCGCCCAGGCCUCCUCCACCUCCACUUCCACCUCCACCUCCACCUUCACCUCCAUCCCUAACCGCACCCGAACCACCACUCCCGCCCCCACUUCCAUUUUACAUGCUGAGCCCAACGGUGCCUUUUGCCUAG